UGGAGGCGGAACAAAUAUUGAAGGAGCGCGAACGGUUAAGAACAGCUAUAAGGAAAAUGGCGAUUAUGUAGUUAAAGUAUUCGAGUAACGUCGUGUGGACUCUCUAAGCUGUCUGGAAAGUAUCGUUUUUACGUCCCGGGGUGUCUGCUUUAUAGCGCAGGCGUUACGUUAUUUCAAAGAGAACCGUCAGAACAUUCGUAACAUCUGACUGAAGUUUGUACAGCUGUAUCGUAACGUUGUUGUUUGCUAGCAGGUAGCUGUUAUCGUGGAAACAUAAAGUUAACCAAAACGACCCACUUAAAACUAAGGUAAAGUUAUUGCAUGAAAUGAAAGAGCGGGUGUAUUUGUACUUCUAACCCCGUGACGGCAAUCUUGGUCAACAUUUGACCAAAACGACCAAGUUUUUCAUGCCGUUUUGCCAUUUAUUGACAUUACAUUUAACAGCAUGGCUCUGCACAACCUAGUGUUUGUUAUCGACGUUGAUUAUGAAGAUCACGCGUCAGACCAUCCACUGGAGGUCCGAAACAAUUUCGUGAAACGGGGAGUAUUGUAUAUCCUGUUGCAUUACGGCUACAAAUAUGGAUUUGAGAAAGUGCGCUGGGGUUAUACGUUUUUCCAGGCUAAAGCUGGUCGCAAUGCCAGCGUCAUAUCGAGAGGAUCCGACUUCAAGGAGCUGCGACACAAAACAUUCGAGGACUUUGAGCAAGAGCUUGCAGGGAGAUUCGACGUGAAGGAUAAAGCGUGUCCUUCCCAACACAAGCAACAGUCCAGUAAAUCGGUUUCAGUUCAAAACGCUCUUAGGGAAACUCUGCUGGACUUCCAGUGGGACAGACCGGACAUCACCUCUCCGACUAAACUUUCACUCAGACCCAGGAAGUCAAGUCGUGUUACAGGAAAGGCCGGCGUGUCUCAAGAAAGCGACUCUUCAAGCAGCGGGAAGAACAUGGUGUUUGUGGUCUCACGGUGUCCCCAUUCGAGGGCUCAUCUUUUGGACUACCUGUCUGCUAAAGAUGGCGACUUGCCAGCAGAUGUGACCGAUUAUAUCCUGCCGAAGAGUCUUAAGGACAUGGUUGCCCAGCAACAAGUUGUUCUGCACUGGAUUGACACCCGUCCACAUGUUGAGGUCAUGAGCUGUGAGGACAGCGUCGGUUCCGACAAGCUGUCUGCAGUUCUGGCCCAAGCGGGCGGCAGAGUGAUCCCCCUGGUGGCUCUGUUGAACCUCUGCUCCGAUCACAAAUCCGACCCGGGACUCGGGAGGGAAUCCUCCCUGUUCAGCUCCAGCGUGGGCUUCCUGCUGUCGUCAGAGAGUCUGUACCGCCUGGCUUUUCCUGCCGCAGACGGCGUUCUACGAUGGGAUCACGAAAACGCAUCUCACAGCUGCCAUGUUGUGGUGGAGCCGGUGUGCCCAGGCCGACGUCUUCUUCAGGAGUCCGCAGAGGUGUACCUGAAGGGGGCGCUGCAGGGCUGGGACUCCUCAUGCCUGACGCAAACACCCACAGAAUCGUGGCUGCUUCAGCUCUCCAGCAGCAGUGACCAGGAAGCGGCGGCCUUCCUGCCUCUCUUCACACAGCUGUCCGCUCUUUCACUUCACAUGCUUGCUGAAGUCAGUCACAGUGGGCUGUCGUGUCCCGCCGUCUUCUCCCCGCUGUCCCACUCCACAGCUCUGCUCACCAUUCUCCAGCCGAUGGUCCUGCAGCACGACCAGCUGCUGGAGACGAACAUCUCUGCCCCCGUCGAAACGGAAACCUCCGCUGAGCUGCCGGAAGUGGUGAACAGCGUUCUGGGCGUGGUCUAUGACAUCAUGAACCAGGAUGGCAACGGGAACGACGACGAGGUCCGGGACCCUCCUGCGCCUGAGUGGGCCGCGCAGGAGCUGAGCCACAGGUCACCAACGACACACACCUUAGAGGCCUGGUUCCCACAGUCGGAUCAGUCAGGAGUCAGCGCCAAUUUAAUGGAGUCAAUAAGAUUGCUCCACGCCGUACCAGAUGAGGGAUCAGCUGAGGAUCUUUUUGAGGCUCAGCAGGAUCUGGUCAGCGGUCUGUCUGAACUGUACCAGGAGUCGGUCAGCAAAAAGGGGAAGAAACGAGGCGCCCACCGCACGCCGGUGAAGCAGAAGAUGAAGACAAUGAGUCGCUCGCUGCAGAUGCUGAACGUGGCACGGCUGAACGUGAAAGCUCAGAAGAGUCAGAGUGAGGCCGACAGAGCCGGGAAGAGACGGCUAAGUGACAGGAACAAACCCGCAGGGGCGAGCGCCCUCAGUUUUUCUAGUGAGAAAGAGCUGCUGUGCCACUUGAAGGCCGGUUACGACAAGACGGUAGCAGAGAGAGACUCGUCUCUCCUGAUCAGCGCUCAGCAGCUUCUCAACGCCGUAAAAACAUUUCUGACCGCAGAAUCAGAUUGGGAGGAAAAGGCGUCUUUGCUUGUGGAACAGCAGCUCAUGAAGACCGGCAAAUCCAUCCGCCAGCUGUACCCCGGCGCUGACGACGCUGAGAGCAAAGUCAGAGAGUGCCAACUCCAAGUGAUGCUGCGGCUGGAGCUGUGCAGACGUUUCGCUUCCAAACAAUCCCGCUCGGACGCAGAUCGGAUGGCGGAGGAGGCGGCGGAAAUGCUCAGAAUAAUCUCGUUGACGAAAGAUCCGACGUGCCUAGCAAGGUUUCUUCAGGACGAAGUCCUCCCAGGCUUCCUGACUGCUGUUCCAAAAGUGCUUGCAGACGUCUACAACAGUCUGGGCACUCAGCUCCCUGACGCCCUGGUGGCCGUUCUGCCUGCUGACUUCUUCAGCGAUGACUCUGUUGCCAAGGACAGCAUCUCCCCCUCUGCCUCCUCGCAUGCCGUCUCGGCACAGAGCCUCGUCUCUGACGACGGCUUGCACGACCUGCGGAACCGUUCGGCCAACAAGAGGAGGAGUGGGAUGUUGACUCGACAUCGCAGUAUGACUGAAUCCACACAGAGUCUUCGUCAAAUACAGCUGCCCAAGAAGAUCACAAGAGCAUCCAAAAUGAAGAUCUCCUCUGCUGUGGAGAAGCCUGCAGAAGCACAGCAACCUCAGAAACAACAAACACAAGAGGUGACCAAAGUAAGAAGAAAUCUGUUCAACCAAAAGAUUGUUUCGCCUUCCACGAAAAGGAGACUAUCAAGGAGCCAGUCUGCCUCUGCUGUGGAAGGACUGAAACGGAAGCGUCCUCUUGAAUCUGAAGAAAAGCACAAACUUCUCACAAAGAAGGUGUGUGAGACGCCUCUCCACAAGCAGGUGUCCAGUCGCCUCCUACGGCGGCUGAAAGCAGGGAGGAAAUCUGACCAUAAAGGGGAGUGUAUAGUGGAAGAGUCACCAGUAAAACCAGCCGAAGACCUGAGAAGGAGCCCCAGAUUAAAGAAAUUCGCUAGAAGACACUCAAGCACUUUCUACUCAAGUUCUCAGCCUCGCUCCAGGAACCUGGAGAAAGCUCUUUCUUCAUCUCAGCUCCCACUCAGCGACAGCAAAAUCGGUAGCAUUAAUGUGAAAACAGUCCAGUCUCCCUUGCGCCUUCUGUUCGGCGCGGCUGAGUCUCCCAAUGCCCAGUUUGGUGAAACCAGAGUCACCCGGUCUCUGUUGUCCUCAGAUUCCAGUGUUUUUGAGAGUCCAAACAAAACGCCAUCAAAAUCACCUAAGGGACUUGGAAGACAUUUAUCUCCUAAGACGCCCAGAACACCUCAGAGCCCCCUAUCAUCUAAAAUACAAUCUACGGUUGCAGAAAGUCCUGUAGCUGAUUCUUCUGGACUUGGUAGUAUUGAGAGGACCAGUCCUCUGAAAUCUCCAGGCAAAGAGUUUCUCUUUGUAAAUACGCCAAGUAAGCAAAGUCCUGUUCAGAGUCCUUUAAAGGGCAUUCUUAAGACUCCAGUCAAAGCUUCUGGAUUAUGUAAUCUUAGCAGCCAGUUAUCCAAUUCUCCCAAGAAGAGUGUCACAUGGUCUCCCUCUCCUCAGAAAUGUACAGUGAAGGCAGGCCGUACAACUUUUAAAGUCCCCAAGUCACCAAGUAGAGCUCCUUUCAACUCUCUGAGACAAAUGAAGACUCCCAGCAAGCUCCACAGUCCAGAACAAAGCACUAACGCUAAAAGAGACAUUUUUAAGACCCCGGAUAAGAUCUGCCAAGUGAGCCUGGUACGGCUGUCUGAACAAGACUUAUUGACUCCAGAAAAGAUUCUGAGAUCAUCAGUGUAUAACACAACUGAAAAUGAGGCUGUUCGUCUGGAAACGACCCCUAUGCCGCCCCUGGCAUCCUCAACCCAACAUAAUUCACCUCAGCACAAAAACAGAACUAAAGCAAAGAUUCCUAGUCCCGUUCAUCAAAUGAUCACUCGCUCCGGACGAACCCCAAGGAAAGAGCCAAACACCGAAUCCCCCAUUGAGGUGGAAUACCCACCGCCUGAGGGGGAUAGACUACCAAACAGUUCAUCAGAGGAGCAGACUGAAUCUCAGUCCUCCGAACUCGAUUCCAGUCUUCAGACUGAAUCGCAGACUUCUCACGGUAACUCCACAACCACAGACGAUGACAGUUUGGACAUUGUAGACGCUACGGUUGUCAAGACUCAGUUUAACCAGGGUAUAAAGAUGAGCAUUAGCUUCUCGAGGAAGCCUAGUGUGUCUACUCCCGACUGUCCUGCGAGGACAACUUCCCCUGUGCCACCCCAGAACACGCCGGGGCGCAGCUAUGGUUUCCGCCAAACCCCCGACCGCCAGCAGAGGGAGGCCGCUGCUCGUUUGGGGUACGGUAAUGACUCCCUUCGAUGCGCUACCCCCAGAAGCUUGGCGAGGUCCAAGAAAUCCUCAGUCGCGCCGAACACUCUCAGUUACCAAGUGGAACUGGAAAUGCAGACAUCAGGACUUCCGAAACUCAAAAUUAAACGGACGGAUUCCAUGAGUGCGGACGACAUCUCUUCUGGGGGUGCUUCUCAACUGGACACACAGAGCCCUUUGGUGGGCACUAAGCCUCUUAUGGAAAGCCCUCUGACCUUAAUGGCCAAACACAAAGACGCCGCUUGUUGCGCGCCGUCUGUCUGCGCUCACGUCACUCCAGCCAAGUGUACUCCAGGAAAAGGCAGCAGCGUCCAGACGUACAUCUGCCAGUCCUACACGCCUACGCGCCACUCUCCGGUGGCAGUAGCAAUGGCAGACAUCAUCCCUCUCACCCCUUCGCCGCAGAGCAUGGGCAAAGUAACCCCGGACAAUCUGAAUAGCUGGCCGCGCAGGAAGAGGCCUCAACUCGAGGCAUUUGGAGGCAAAGAUCGGGUCCCGAAAGGGGAGCCGCGGCUGGAAGAGCUGCUGGAGGAGGCAGAGCUCGGAGUCAGUCGCCUGCAAGACUUCGAAGACACCGAAGAAUCCUUGAGUAGUGCAGCAGAAAAAGAGUCGCACUCAGUGGCAGCAAAGGUGCCGCCUCUUUCCCCCAUGGAGGAUUUGUAUUGGAUGACCAAGCUGGCUGAAGGGACAAACAGUGCUGAUUCAGCUGAAAUGAUCUGGGCGUGUGAAACUGGAAACAUUAAGUCAACAGCGACUCCUCCCAGUCGGAAGGGCAGAAAACCAGUAACGCCCAGCGGCAUCUUGGCCCUCACUCAGUCUCCGCUGCUGUUUAAGGGCAAAACGGGAUCCACCCGUGAGAAAACACCAGAUUUUAAAGCUAAUGACGAAGCCUCAUCUGGGAAGACAGAUCGUGAGCCGGAGCUCUCUCCUUUCAGUCACUCCCAGCCAACGAGGCGCUCCAACACGGGGAAGACCUACAGCAGGAAGAGACUACUCCACUGAAAUAAAUGACAUGAAAAGUUUCAGCAAUAA